AUGGCAUUAGUUUUACUAUAUGUUAACAAAAACGGAGAGUUGAUAGAACGCUUUUUGGGUAUUGUUCAUGUGGGUGAUAUCAUUGCAAAAAGUAAUUUACUCUUUACUUUUGGAUCACUCGUUAUGCCUAUCAAGACUCCGUGGACAAGGGACUUACUUCGACAACACCAAGUUGAGAAGUUGGAAGAAUUGCUUAAAUCUGGAGAAAUUCUUACCGGACAAGGAUUAAAUCAAGAACGUGGCCUCCAACGACCGGGUAAUACUCGUUGGGGAUCCCAUUUCAAGACCUUGGAAAAUUUCAUGAUUAUAUAUUCUUCAAUUGCUAAUGUGCCUAAAGAUAUGAAAGAAAAUUCUCCACAUGAUCUUGAUAAACUUGCAAUGUUGCUUCUUACAAAUGAAUUGAACAAAGCUAUACAAAAGAAAGAUCAAGAUAUUGUCAAUACUAUGGGAUUGCUUAAUCUUUCAAAGAGAAGAUUAGAAACAAUGAGAGAGAGUGGUUUGGAGUCUUUGAUGGAUGAGGUUUCUUCAUUUUGUGCUAAACAUGAUAUUUUGGUUCCCGUAAUGAGUGAAGACUAUCCAAGAUCGAAGCGUAAGAAGUCUGAAAUUUCAUAUUUACAUCACUUUCGUGUGGAAGUGUUUUAUGCAGUUAUUGAUUUGCAACUUCAGGAGCUCACUAAUCAUUUUGAUGUGUGA